UUACCCUAUUGCCCUUAUUGAGUAUUGCAUUUGUCUCGUAUGCACACAGCAAUAAAAGGUUGAAAUUUUAACGAAUGCAUCGGAACGUUUGAGUUCACAUAUCUCUCCAUUUCCUCAGCAACUACACUCUUUCUGCUCUUGCUAAAUUCUUUAGGUUAAAAUUUCAACUUUGAGGGGAAAAAAUGAUCAAACAGGUUAUUCUUUGGAUGCUCUUCUUGGUCUCUGGAUCGACCCUCUCAGUUUCAGAGUCUCAAUCUGCUUCUCUUCUGCCUCAUGCUGCUGAGUCCUUCAAUGUCAGCUAUAUCCAGAUGAAGAACGCGGGGAGUUGUUCUUACUCGGUGGCUAUAUCUACUAGUUGUUCGUCCCCUAGGUAUACAAGGGAUCACGUCAGUAUUGCUUUUGGGGAUGCUUAUGGCAACCAGAUAUAUGCACCAAGACUGGAUGAUCCAGCUUCAGGUACAUUUGAGAGCUGUUCUUCAGAUACAUUUCAGAUAAGUGGUCCAUGUGCAUAUCAGAUAUGCUAUGUGUACCUAUAUAGAUCUGGAUCAGAUGGUUGGAAGCCUGAAAGUGUGAAAAUCAAUAGUUAUAAUGGCAGGCCUGUUACUUUCUAUUACAAUACAUAUGUCCCCAGAGAUACGUGGUAUGGGUUUGAUUUGUGCAACAGUGCUUCUUCAACUUCGUCCCAGGUAUCUAUGCAGAAAUGGCUUAUAUUUAUGGUUUUAGGAUUUGUUCUUAGUUUUUGGUUAUAAGUUUAUUUACUUCUCAUCUUAUAUAUUUCCUACACCUUGUAGCCAUGAAACUUAGCACCAUGUGCAGAAGUAGAGACACUGGAUGUGUAAUAGAAAUAGUAAAACCCUUGUCCAAAGUCAGUUUAUUACUUGGCUUUGUUUUUUAAAUUUUUUCCGGUUUAUGAUGUGUUUUAUGUUAGAACAAGGAGGGCCGUAUAAAACGAAGGGGGGUUGGAGGGUGGUGUUGCAAAUUGAACACCCUGGUAUCUCCUGAACACUUUAUGUUUCACCAGAGGAAGUAAAUUUGGUAUGAAUUAUAAUUUGAAAAGAAUAA